CAGCAGCAAGACAAGCCCGGCAAGCACCACCCACCCCCGUCCGUCCCUGAAACGCGGCAGCGAAACGCAAUGCCUCCCCUGCUGCACCCUCCCCACCUGCACUUCCACAAGCUCAAGAAGCGCGCGCGCGCCGCAGCCGGCACCGGCGCCGGCAGCCCCCGCCCCGCCGCCAAGGCCAGGAAAGGCCUCGCCGCCAUGCUCUACAAGCUCCGCGACGUGCACCGCCCACCGUCUCCGUCCUCGCCUCCGUCACCCGCGAUAACCCCGCAGUACCGGAAGCAGCUCUGCUACCCGCCGCCGCCGUCCACCUGGCCGUGGCCCUCGUGCCGGCACCCGCGCACCAGCUCCUUCCGCGCGCGGCAUCAUCCGGAUCAGGACGCCGCCGCCGCCGUGUACCGGACCGCGAACGCGGUGUACGACGCGUCCUCCGAGCACUUCGUCGUCCUGCGGCGCUCGUCCGUGGACGAAGCGUUCUGGCCAGGGCUGGCAGCCGCCGCCGUGGAUCAGGAGCCGGAGGAAGAAGAGGAGACGAAGGAGCUGCGGCUGCGGGAGACGGCCGUGGUGCGCGGCGUGCGGUCCGAGCGGCUCUUCUUCGAGCCGGCCGGCGCGGAGUUCUUCUUGCCCACGACCACGCAGGCGAAGACCGAGGCGGCAACUACCACCAAGAACGAAGACGUCGAAGCGCCCCCCGUGCCGGCGGAGUCCUCGGGCGAGCUGAAGGGCGGCGCGGCGGUGGUGGUGACGGUGGAGUCGGAGAACCCGUACGGCGACUUCCGGGAGUCGAUGGCGGAGAUGGUGGCGGCGCACGGGGUGCGGGACUGGGAGGGGCUAGAGGAGCUCCUGGCCUGCUACCUCAAGCUCAACGCCAAGGGCGUCCACGCCGUCAUCGUGGGGGCCUUCGUCGACAUGCUACUCGGCCUCGCCGCGUCCUCGCCGCCGACAUCGCCGUCGCCUUCGUCGUCCUGCAUCACCUUCGAGGGCUACUCCUCGGCGACCCUGGACGAGGAAGACAAGAGCUGAUCGAUCAGAACCAGGGAGCAGGACCUCGUUUCGUUUUGCUUCUCUUUUUUUUCCAAGUCUCGUCGGGAAUCAGACUAGAGUUUUUGUUAAUUCUUUGUGAGCUGGUUGCGAGCUAUGGAAUGAUUGUACAGUUGCUAAAACUAAUCGAUGCUGACCCGUUACUCCAGUAUGUUUGUAGUUGUUGCUGAGAUGAUUCAUUGACCUUAUUUGCAUGUUCUUUA